UGGAGCCUGUAGUCUCGGGAGCCUGCGGGCGGCUUUUUGCAGGCAGCUUGUGUCGCUCUCUGCUUGUUCGCGCGGAAGAAGGAGAGCGCGUGGGUCCCUCUCCCCGAGUGGCGUCCGCCCUGUGGCUGCUGAGCGGCGGGGAGAUGGCGCUGGAGGCUCGGGGGAUGGAGCAGGACGUGGAGGACGGAGAGAUCUCGGGCUCGGACUGCGAAAUGCCCGUCUCCGCCGCCGCCAGGAGCCCCCAGCAGAAACCACUUGAUAGCAACACUGCGGCCAGAUCUUCCCCAAGCAGCGUUUCACCCUGUGCUCCUAGUGUCCCUUACCGGACUACAAAAAGCGUGGACUCUAGUGAUGAGAGCUUCUCAGAUUCAGAUGAAGACAGCUGUCUAUGGAAGCGAAAGCGGCAGAAGUGUUCUAACCUCCCUCCCCCUAAACCAGAUCCUUUUCAGUUGGGCCACAACCCCCAGAAACAGAUGAUUUUAGGGAGUAAAAAGAUCAACAACAUCUGGGGUGCUGUACUUCAGGAGCAGAAUCAGGAUGCCGUGGCCUCAGAACUUGGGAUUCUAGGGAUGGAGGGCAGCAUUGACCGAAGCAGGGCCUCGGAGACCUACAAUUACUUGCUGGCGAAAAAGCUGAUGAAAGAGUCUGGCUCAGAAGUGGUUGAGUCAUUAAACAAAGAAUUAGAUGAAUAUAUGCAGGAUGACAAAAAGACAGUACCGGAGGAGGAGGAGGAGAAUGGGCAAGGUCUUUUGAAACGGAAACGGCCUGUUAAGGAAAGAUUGGGUGAAAGGCAAGAAAUGAAUUAUAAAGGGAGGUAUGAAAUUACUGAAGAAGAUCCCGAGGAAAAAGUGGCAGAUGAAAUUGCCUACCGGCUUCGCGAACCAAAGAAGGAUCUGAUUGUGCAGGUAGUAAAAAUCAUUGGGAAGAAGAAAGCUAUUGAACUACUGAUGGAAACGGCAGAAGUGGAACAAAAUGGAGGCCUUUUCAUAGUGAAUGGUACUAGAAGAAGAACACCAGGAGGCGUUUACUUAAACCUAUUGAAGAACACACCGAGUAUAACUGGAGAACAAAUCAAGGAAAUCUUCUGUAUUGAAAACCAAAAGGAGUAUGAGAACAAAAAAGCGGCAAAGAAGAGAAGAAUUCAAGUCCUGGGUAAAAAGAUGAAGAAAGCUAUUAAAGGGCUCAACCUUCAGGAGUAUGAUGAUGCCUCUCGUGAGACUUUUGCUAGUGAUACAAAUGAGGCAUUGGCUUCUUUAGAAGAUUUGCAGGAAGGACACAGUGAAAUGAAACUGGAUCCAGAGGAUGCUAUUGAAAUUGAUAAUACUCAUGAUUUGGACAUCUUUUAAUAUACUGGAUACCUGAGAGACCAUAUCUUUGGGAAAUAUUAAAUAGCUGUUUUUUA